CGAGGUCAGAACUUGAGGUUUAAACUCGAGGUCAGAACUCGAGGUUUAAAACUCGAGUUCAUGACCGCGAGUUUAAAACUCGAGUUCAUGACCGCGAGUUUAAAACUCUCGAUUUUAAAACUGUCGAGUUUAGGAAUUCGAGACCCAAAAUGUAGAGUUCCUGCAAAAAGAAAACUUCGAAUUUUGAGAAUCUGAAAACUGUUCUGAAUAGCCCUGAAGGUCGAGAUUCUCCUGUAUCAGUUUGAAGUCAAAAAACGAUUAUGCUGCAGUGUAAAAGCAUAAACUCUACAUUUCAUGUAGAGUUCUUCAAAAAUGAAAAUUUGCAGAAAUCGAAAAAGAGGAUAUGUUGUAGAAUCGGUUUUGAAAGGCGAUUCCAACAGUAUAAUUUUUACAGAUUUUCGUUCACAAACAAGAUUACAGGAGCAAAACUAUAUAUUGAAGAAAAAGAGAAGAAAAUUAAAGCAGAGCAGUUCUUCGUUAGAUCCAAAAAAUCGCAGAUAGAUUCAACCUGUUUCACGCCUCACCCUGAUACCAAUUGAAAGUCCCAAACCUUAACAAUCGAACAAUCAUAACAGGUAUAAAGAAGCAGAUAGAAAGAUAUCAAGAUAAACAAUACCUUUGGUAUAUCGUGUAAACUGGCCGCUGCUCUCCCUGGAGAAGGAGAGCAGUGGAAAACCAUAAUCUCUCUAUCUCCGCGCCUCUAUUCUCUAAAGCCUCGAACAUUUUUGGGUUCCCAUAAGUUAAUCUCCUUUUAUAGGAGAAGCUGGCUAACUUACGGGUUACAAGGAAGCUAACGGGCUGAUACACAUUUGUGGCCCGUAUUACACGUUUAAUUAAUAACUAUACAAAUACAAAGAUAUUUAAUUAGAUUGGACACCAUAAAAUAUUCCUAACAGAAUUUUACUGACUUUGGUAAUUAAGUACUCUACAUAUAUGUGAUUAUUACCGGUAUUCACAAUUAAAUACUUAUAUGUAAUCACGGUCAAUAUAAAUUUUAUCAGAAAUGCAUAAUUUUGAUAUUACUGGAAAAAAUUAUUUUGUUAGUCGUUGUAAUUUGCGGCUUGAAAAGUAUGUAUUAUGUGUUAUGGAUGUAUAAACCCUAUUUUGCGAUUACAUAGUGAUUGAGUACAAAUUUUACAAAUUAUCGUUAUACAUAACACAUUUGCAUGUGACUCAGACAAAUUCGCCCAAUUUUAUUUUUAGAUUUUUUAUUUAAUAUUGGCAUGUCUAGUAUUUGGGUUGCUUAAUUGACACAACAUGCUGCCAAAGUAGCCUCUCUUGUUGAAAUUAAUUAACUCAUAUAUUAAGAUGAUUGUGUACUUUCUGAUUUCAUGCGGAUAAUAAUCGGCCUAAAGGAAGUUUAUUAUUUGGCCGAAAUUUAAUAAAAUUUGUGAUGAUUAUGAAGUUUUUCGUGUGAAUAUUGAGUCGGUCCAAAGAAAGGCUUGAUAUUUGACAUGAUUUUAUUAUCACACCAAAAGUACCACUUUCAAGUCUAAUUUAUGUCCAAAGACAAGAUUAGAUGUUGCGCUAGGUAUCUUGUGAUGGGGAUUGCUAAUAUUUAAAUUUAAAGUUAAUUAUCAAAUUAAUUUCACUUCCUAGAGCAUAUCAUUUAUAUUAUUUUUUGUUCUCUUUCGGUCAACAAUUCUGCUGCUACAAUAUCUGCUAAUAUUAAUAGCAUCUCAAUGCUUAACGGCACAAAUUUUAAGGAAUGGAAAGAGAACGUUAUGAUUGUUCUCGGUUGCAUGGAUCUAGACCUUGCACUUCGGAUUGAGAAACCCGCCGCUCUUAAGGACACAUCUACCCUUGAUGAAAAGAGGGAGAUGGAGAGGUGGGAACGCUCAAACCACAUGAGUCUAAUGAUCAUGAACGUGUAAUUCCAUAAUCAUUCAGGGGCACAAUGUCUGAUGAGGCUGAUGCCAAAUCGUUCCUUGCCGAACUUGAAAAGCGUUUUGCUAAAAACGAAAAGGCGGAAAGUAGUACUCUUUUGAGCACUCUUGUUUCCAUGAAAUACACAGGCAAAGGGAACAUAAGGGAGUACAUUUUGGAAAUGUCUCACAUUGCUUCAAAACUAAGUGCACUAAAGCUUAUUUUACCUAAGGAAUUGCUUGUGUAUUUAGUUUUGAUCUCUCUUCCUUCUCAAUUUAAUCAAUUUAAAGUCAGUUACAACUGCAUUAAGGAGAAAUGGUCUCUCAAUGAGCUCAUUUCUCAUUGUGUUCAAGAAGAAGAGAGAAUAAAGCAAGAUAAGAAAGAAAAUGCUCAUUUGGCAUCUACCUCUAAGGGCAGCAAGAAAAGAAAAAUUAAGGAAACUGUAAAUUCAGGGCUUCCAAGGAAGCAUCACAAGGAAACUAAGGAAGAAAUUAAGGAAUCUAAAUGCUUCUUUUGCAAAGGGACUAAUCACAAGAAAAAGAAUUGCACUAAGUACCACGCUUGACAUGCGAAAAAGGGGUUGCCUGAGCUGCCGAAAACCAAUUGAUGGUGAAAGAUACAUCUAUGUCGGUGAUGGCAAGCGGGUUGAAGUUGAGGCUAUCGGUGUUUUUAGAUUAUUAUUAAGGACUGGUUUUUAUUUGGAUUUGAAAGAGACAUUUUUUGUGCCGACAUUUAGGCGGAAUUUAAUUUCAAUUUCUGCAUUGGACAAAUUUGGUUAUUCUUGUUCAUUUGGAAAUAGUCAGUUCACUCUAUUUCAAGAUUCAAAA